UGUGCUGUGCAAAGUGAAGAAAACGUAGCGAAACGAAAGCUGAACUCCGGCCACAGUGGUGAAACAGUGGCGUGACGUCACUUCCCAGUCAAACGUGGCUGCCGAGCCGAAAGGAGUGGCUGUCGAAUCUGUCAAAUUAUAUGGUUACUCGUUGACACUGAUGACUUUUCUCCUCAGCUAAGACGUGAUACAGUGUCACUUGAUAAUUGUGUGUUGAAUAGAGUGUAAUCUAGUCCGUAAAGAUGUCGUCUUCGGGUGAUUUCGGUAACCCGCUGCGAAAAUUCAAGCUCGUAUUCCUAGGCGAACAGAGUGUUGGUAAAACCUCUCUCAUCACAAGGUUUAUGUAUGACAGCUUCGACAACACAUAUCAGGCAACGAUAGGAAUUGAUUUCUUGAGUAAGACCAUGUAUCUCGAGGAUAGAACAGUUAGACUACAGUUGUGGGAUACCGCAGGACAGGAACGAUUCCGUUCCCUUAUUCCUAGUUAUAUUAGAGACUCUACAGUCGCUGUUGUGGUGUACGAUAUCACUAACGCCAACUCCUUUCACCAAACAUCCAAAUGGAUUGAUGAUGUUCGGACGGAGCGGGGCAGCGACGUUAUUAUAAUGCUAGUAGGCAAUAAAACCGACUUAAGCGACAAAAGACAAGUUUCCACAGAGGAGGGAGAGCGAAAAGCAAAGGAACUGAACGUCAUGUUCAUUGAGACUAGUGCUAAAGCUGGUUACAAUGUGAAACAGUUAUUCAGAAGAGUAGCAGCGGCCUUGCCUGGCAUGGAUUCCACUGAGAAUAAGCCACCAGAAGACACUGUUGACCUACAGAAUCAAUCACCGAUGCAGAAUGGAGGAGAAGCAGAAGGCGAAGGAGGAUGCAUUUGCUAGGGAGCUGAUUCACUAACUUUAAUCCAGAAAUCCAGAAACAAUAUACCUUAUAUCCAAAAACGAACCAAAUCCAUCACGCACAUUUGCAGAGUGCUGGCUUAUUUCGAUGUGCAUAAUGCAUGAUUGUUAAAUGAAUUAAACCUUUCUAAUCGACUUGCGUUUCUUAGAUUGAAACAAUUAGAAUUGGUGAUGCUUUUCUGGAACAAAGAAAUUAUUUAACAUGAUACAUCGCUGAGAAAUCAUAGCGCUAUUUUGGUAGAUAAAAUUUCAAGUGCAUUUCAAUUGACAAAGAGUAGAAGACUUUUGUUACAAUUUGAGCACAUCUACUGUAAUAGAAUUCCAUUUAAUUUGUUUUUUAUACUCAUCAAGAUAAUCUAGCACUGUACAUGGCCAAGUACCACGAAAAUUGGGCCAAUUUUUCAUCUCUUAGGAACAAAAAAAAAAACGAAAAAAAAACUGUAGAUUAAAGCCGUUUCAAAAGUAUUUGAAAACAUUUAACUCCGCAGACUUGACGUGUCUCUAUAUGUGAUAAGGCUUUAAGAAUAAUCCACUGUGCUUAUACACGUUCUCUUGAGUCUACUACUGUUUAAGCUAAACGCUCUUCUAUUGCGUUGAAAAAGUCGAAAUUUGGAGAAAAUAAAAAUGAAAUACAAAUAAUUGUAGCAAUAUUGUAAUAACAUAAUUAUACGUCGAGCUAUAUUUACACGCAUAGAUUUCUAUAAUCUUUGGAAAAAAUCUGCUGAAAUCUUUGAUAAAAGAUCUCUAUGCAAUGACUCUGGUCAUCGGAUGCAUGCGUGUCUCUUAUAAUUAGCAUGAUUGAUAAUCAGAAAAGGCAGAAAAGCCUGAUUACUCGUAUGAUUUAAUUUAUAGACCAAAAAUCGAGUUCUUUUUGAAUACUUUAACUUUUUUGACUAUUGUAAUAUUAUUGCGGUUUAAAAUUUUGGUUCUAUCAAUGGUGGGCUAUAUUACCAGUCAGUACUUAUUGGAUUUAGAACAAGACUCCAGUUUUGUUAAUGCACGAAAGAACUCAAUUUUACUUGCAGAAAUGUUCUUUUAAUAAUGAUAAGUGUAGUACAGGCAUCUGAUUGCGUUCCAACGAUUCAAUAAUCAAGUAGUAAGCAUUUAGGAAAGUAUCUCUAAUGAGCAUAUUUUUGGGAGUGACCUGGAAUUAUGACUUUUUGAAGCAUGAUGAUGUAGUUUGGUAAAUUGUAACUGAUAAGGACAUCAAGGUAGAAAUAUCCCCUGGAAACCCAUUGCUUAACAUACAGUUGGUUUUGACUGUCAUCAUAGAAGGCCAUCCGAAUUCUCGAAAUUGCUUAAAGUAUCAUUCAGCCAUUGAUGAUGUUGAGUCUCAAAUUUUGUUUGUUUAAAUCAGGAGGGAACGUUAUACUUUACAAUGGUCACCGUGAUAGGUGUAUGCUGAUAAUGAGAUGAAAUAAUGCCCACACCAUAUUAGAUUGACAAUAUAAUUGGAGAGAUUUGUUUCAUAUUUGCCAAUCUUGUAGAUUAUUGAAAAUGUCCAUUUUACUUGGCUCACUUUUUCGUUUGAUAUUUCUAUUAUUUUGUGACAAGAUAGUUAUUAUAUUUCGUGAGAAAUCGGAUUCUCCCUUUGAAAGUAAUCUGUGAUGUGCUAAAAAUUAAAACGCCAAACAUUAUGAAAUGUUAAUGGAAACAACGCAGUUUAUACCAAGAUUAAAAACAAUUCGCAAAACAGCAUGUGUGAAUUUGUACUUGAUUUUGAGACGACCGAAUCAAAGUAUUCAAGCAUCUAAUGAUCAACAGUUGAUGCGUACAUCAUCGAGUCAUUUAUAUUUUGGAAAAGCAGGUUUGUAACUUUUUGAUUUUGUCAUAUUUGGUUCAUUACAAUAUAGAGGACAAGGUAAUGCGACCCAUCAAAAAAAGUAUCCCUAAUGAUUUGAUUAAACAAUUGUUCGAUUUAUUUUCAAAGCGAUUCAGAAGUAUAGUAAGCUGACAUGCAAGUAACGAAUUAAUAUGAUAUGAAAUAAUAUUUCCAUUGCACUCUUGAGCUAGACUAGAGUCGAUGGAUAUUAAUUUGAAAAUUGAUAUUCGAUAUUGUACUUAUCAUUUGACAUAGUUUUAGUAGCGAAUAGUUAAGAGAUAAAUGAUAAUUUGGCUUUAAGCUACGUAGAACUGUAGCUGGCAUUUAUGCCAACAUUAUUACUAAAAUUAUAUUCUAUACCUAGAAACUGUUUACAUUUUUAAUAUUUGAUUCUGCAAAGAGCCUAGACUGAUAUUCUCGUGACUGGUGGAUAUAAUUAACAGACAAAAAUCUGUGCAGUUAGCUAGAAAAAAAGGGGUAAUGGAAGCAGUUGGGGUACAUGUACUUAGACGAUGAAAGUUAAAAAUGUGACAGGUAUUACAAACUACACUGCGAAUUAAGGUCAGCUGAAAUAGCCAUUCUUGAUAACAAGAGUUAUCAGUUUGGCUGAAAAAAGUUUUUUUGUACCAUCUUAGAUGCAGUUUUGUUUGUACGGAAAAAAGACGCACAAAUGAUUUUUGCAAUUUUGUUAUGACUAUAUGUGGCAUCUAUAUUCAAAAUAGUGCAGCUUUAAAUGAACAAAUGAAUAAAGGUUUGUGUUCACCGAU